GGUGUAAUUGCAAAUGGGACUUGGGAACUGAAACUUUGGGACAAGAUUGGUGAACAUUUUCAUGAGCUUCCCAACAUCAGUGCUCGGAUUUUAAAUGCAUGGUGCAAGGUUCGAUAUGCUAUGGGUUCUUUAUCACCAAAAAAUAUCUCCCUGGCUGCAUUGCCAACAGAACCGCCAGCUUCUUUAAUCCAGCCUGCUGUGUUAGAGUCUUCUGUGUUAGAGUUUGUUCCAAUCCUUGCCCUGCCAGCACCUCCAGACCCCAAACCUCCAUACUGCAGUUCCUCACCAGAGGACCCAAUCCUGCAAAAAUACUGUGGUCUGGCUGGCAAUAGUCCUAAUCUUUCAGAGGCAGACCCAGCUACCUCUUUUCAACGUGCAGUCCUUGCCUGUUCCUUAAUUCAGGAUACUAUGGCAUUCCCUGUUAUUGUGCCCCCUGCUGGUGCUCCAGCAGGAACUCAAGCCCAGCCUUUGGUUCCAGAUGACAUCAAGCCUUUGGCACGUACAGUUUUACCCCCAUCAGCUGGUGUUUUGUUUGACCACGAAUGGGAAACUGCUUGCUAUACAGAUGCUCCAGCCUUGUUACAACAAAUCAGGGGAAAUAAUCCAAAUAUUACCCUUGCAGACAUCAUGGAUGCCAUGAUAGGGCGUGAUCCCUUUGCUCAGGCUUCAGUACAAGCCACACUGCUGCAGAUCUUAUUGAGGGAUACUGCUCUUGCUGCUAAACAAGCAAUGAGAAAAAUCCCGGAACCCACCAGUAUCCAGUCGAGGUGGGGUUCAAUCAGACAAGAACCUAGAGAAUCAUAUUCUUCCUUUAUGGACAGGCUGAUUACAGCAGUGAGUCGCCAAAUUGAAAAUCCUGAAGCCAAACAAAUUAUUAUCAAACAAUUGGCCUUUGAAUAUGCUAAUGAGGAUUGUAAAGUUGCAUUGAGACCGAAAAUACACAAUCCUGCCACAGACACAGCAGCCAUGCUUCGCAUUUUUCAGUCUGUUGGUACAGCUACCCACAAGAUUCAUCUGCUAGCAGCAGCGCUCAAUGAAAACCAGCCUGUAGCCACCGAUACAGCGUUUCCAGUGUGGCAAACCAGGAUCACCGAUACCUCAGUGUGGGUAGAACGGUGGCCUCCACCAAAAGGAAAAUCCGCAGCAAUGGCACCAUCUUGUUUCUGAACAGCUUAUUUCUGAACAAUUGACUUUCAGCCACAUUGAACCGUCUUCAUCCCACUGGCACCAGCAGACAGGAACGGUUUGCUUUUAUAUUGCCAGCAUAUAACAAUUCUCAAAUCCAGCGAAAUCAGUGGAUUGUCCUGCCUCACAGCAUGCGGAACUCCCUUACACUUUGUCAGCAUUUUAUGGAUGAAGCAUCGAAACCCUUCCGCAUGUGCCACCUAGAGGUGCUGAACACAAACUGCAUUUGGCAGUGUUUGCCUUCCUAACCAUUUGCCUUGCCAUCCUUUCCUGCACCGUUAUACAAGGAAGAGAAGCAGACGAUCCAGUCCAGUUGAAACCACCAUAUUUCACCUUAUCGGCUGGCAAGCAGCUGUCGCCUGAAUCCUACUCUGGCUGGCAGCAUCCACGGCUCAGCCACUCUCAAACUAUAAGAACAGUGUUGUUGAAUAAGACUUUUAGGGGUGAAAAUUAUCAUAAGAUAUGGAGGAAUAAUAUUUUUGUACAAGAUAUGAUUAUGUUUACCAGUUUAUUGCAUGCUUCUAAAUGUUGGUUAUGUAUGCACAUGCCCCCUUUUGAGAGUCAUUCAGGCAUAAUGCUUCAUGAUGUGCCUGUCAAUGGAUCUUUUCAAUUUACAAAUAUUAUAUCCCCUAAGCAAUCUUUUUGGCCCCCAGUACACUUGACCCUCCAUGAGCCUACACCCAUUUAUUUUCAAAUUAAGGAGGGGAAAGAAUCAUGGGGCAUAUAUCCAAACUGUCAAUAUACAUUGAAUUUCACUUUUAAUAGCUCUUGUUCUCUUACAGGAACAUACAAUGACCAAUUUCAGUGCUAUAGAAGUGACACCAGUGCAUGGCUAAUAAACUAGAAAGGAAGCUACCAUGCAGCUUGGAAUCAGAAUUCUUAUAUUCUUGGCUUCCGGAUGGAAGUUGGCUUCGACAUUUAUUGAUUUUAGUGAUCAUUAUAGUAGUUAUUUGCAUUAUUUUGUGUUGCUGUAUACAAUGUAUUCCUUCUUUAAUUUCUGUAUGUACUGCAUGGUUCUCCAGUCCGCAGCCCGCUUCCGGUCUCACAUGAGUCGUCUAUCGCACUCGAUAUAACCGUAUUGGUACUGAUUAAUUAAAUAAAGAAAGAGGGCAUGUGGGAGUCAUAGCCAUGGUAAAGGCUUGUAAUAUUGCAGGGUGCCUUGCUGACGUCGGUGACCAGCACUCUGAGCUUUACAAUGUAUUGGAAUGCAUGACCUCAUAUGGAGUUAUGUCCCCCCCCCUCUGGGCUAUGUAACCCUAUAUGGUUUGUGGGUGGGUAAAAGCCUUGACCGGAUGUAGGUAACGUGAGACAUUGGAAUGCAGCCAUGCGGCUGGAGAGGAACAAAGGGUA